AUGGGUCAAAACUCUUCCCAAAUUAUGGAUAGCAUUGUGUCUGGAUCAAAUUUCGACCGCGAUGAGGUAGAUCGACUACGAAAGAGGUUUAUGAAGCUGGACAAGGACAACUCUGGAACCAUCGAACGUGAGGAGUUCUUGAGUCUUCCUCAAGUUUCUUCAAACCCACUUGCUACUAGGAUGAUUGCCAUCUUUGAUGAAGAUGGUGGCGGAGAUGUCGACUUCCAGGAGUUCGUUUCCGGGCUGAGCGCCUUUUCCAGCAAGGGGAAUAAGGAGGAGAAGCUUCGGUUCGCCUUCAAGGUCUAUGACAUCGAUCGGGAUGGCUAUAUCUCAAAUGGUGAGCUAUUCAUCGUCCUUAAGAUGAUGGUUGGCAGCAACUUGAAAGAUCAGCAAUUACAGCAGAUUGUGGACAAAACGAUGAUGGAGGCCGACGAAGACUUGGAUGGGAAGAUCAGCUUUGAGGAAUUUUGCAAGAUGGUGGAGAACACUGAUGUCUCCAUGAGCAUGAUGACCUUGGACCAAUUUUAG